GGCCCCCAAGUGGUGAUCGGAGGGUUCCGUCUUCCGAGCUCUGUUGGGGCCAUGUCGGCGCUGUUGGGCUUUGUGGCUCGGCACGGCGUGCCAGGCCGGCGGCCUCCUGCUGCCGUGCUGAGCUGCCUGCCACCCGUGCUGUCUGGCCGCCUGGCUCGGCCGGUGGCCACCUCCGCGACGGCGACCGCGGCAGCGGCGGGCCCACGUGCGCUGGCCCUCAUAGAGGACAUGCGCCAGCUGAGCGCCUCGCCACGGCCGGCGCUGCUGCUGGGUGUCGCCGGCCUGGUGCCAUUUGCCGCCGCGCCCGUGCUGAUGCUGCGCGCCGGCACCUUCAAUCCGGAGCUGCUGCACGCCCAGCUGGCGUACGGCGCCUGUAUCUUGUCGUUCCUGGGCGGCGUGCGCUGGGGCCUGACGCUGCCGGACGGCUCGCCCCAGCCGCCCAGCUGGGCCAACCUGGGCCAGAGCGUCGCGCCGUCGCUGGUAGCGUGGGCUGGCCUGCUGGCAUCGCCCAGCGCCGGCGGCCUCCUGCUCAUCUCCGGCCUGGCCGUGGCUGCCUACUGGGACAUCACGCUGUAUGGCUACCCGGCCUGGUACAAGGCGCUGCGCUUCUGCCUCAGCUUGGGCGCUAUCCUCGCGCUGUGGACGGCGCUCAUGUGCAAGUGGUUCCUGCAGGGCCCCAGCUGCGAGAAGCCGGCGCACCCCACCCAACCAGCUGAACCAGCGAAGCCAGCGGUGUAAGCCUGGUCAACUCCGCCAGCCAAGUGAGCCUAACUGGCCCAACCAGUCAAAUAAACUCAGCCAGUAUAGCCAGACAAGCAGUCUCAGCUGACCCAGCGGGCGAAGCAAGCACAGCCGACUCAGCUGGCCAAGUCAGCUCAGCUAGCCAAGUCAGCUCGGCUGGCCAAGUCCGCUCGGAAUGCCAAGUCAACUCGGCUGGCCGAGUCAGCUCAGCUGGCCAAGUCAGCUCGGCUGGCCAAUUCAGCCAAAUAACCGCAGCUAGCCCAGCCAGCCAAGCGAGCCAGUGGCUCCGUCUGAUCCAGCGGCUUAGAGGCUGUGUACCGCAUCUUUCAUUGGCUGUGCGUGCCAGUUUUCGGAAUAGUCUUGGCUCAAAGGCCUUCGACGAGACCCUUGCAUGCGCUGUGGUGUGGUGAAACGGAUGAUGUGAAUCUGGCACAUCUCCUGGAGAGUUAUCGCUAUCAUGCAUUGUUUUUUUGCGCCCUAUUGCAGGCGUAAUUUGGACGUUUCCGCCUGGUGUCUCCAGAGGUCACGACAGAUAUGUCAGCCAUUUGUGCCAGGAUUGAGCUUCAAUCUGCUAUCUGUACUACAUCUCAACACCGCUAUUCGCCUUGAACUUUUUGUUUACGUUCGAGAACAACUAACUUUUUGUUCAAGUUUAAAAUCGACGACAUUGUGCGCAAGCCGUAGCUAGAACAC